AUGGACAGUCUGCAUAGCCUAGAUAAGGAGACCUCGGUUAUCAGACUCAAAAAUGCAGGCUUGACAGUCUUUCCCGACGAGCUGCUCCAAUUUUCUCAGCUCGAGCUCCUUGACUUGUCUGGUAAUCCGCUAUGCUCUCUCCCAGCAGACUUUGCUCACAAGCUACCAAAGCUCAAGGUCUGCUUUCUAUCAGACUGCAAGUUUGUGACAUUUCCUAAGCUAUCCGAAUGUCCAGUUUUAGAAAUGGUGGCCUUCAAGGGCAACGGUAUGCAAACCGUACCAGAAGAUGCAUUGCCACCCAGUUUGCGAUGGCUCAUCCUCACAAACAAUGCCAUCACAGCGUUACCAUCGAGCAUAGGGCGAUGCACGCGACUUGAAAAGUGCAUGCUCGCUGGAAAUCAGCUGACCGACCUGCCACAUUCAAUGGCUAACCUCAAGCGGCUUGGUCUCUUGCGUUUAUCUGCCAACAAGCUUGCGUCUCUGCCAUCGUGGCUCUUUGAGCUUCCUUCACUAUGCUGGUUAGCUUUUGCAGGAAAUCCUUGCUCUCAAAGGUCCAAGGCUCGACUUUCAGAACUACCCUGGGACACUCUGGUGGUACAGCACAUUCUUGGCGAAGGCGCUUCAGGUGUCAUUUCCAAAGCAAAACUCGGAGAGAAGGAAGUGGCGGUCAAGGUCUUCAAAGGUGAAGUCACGAGCGAUGGAGCACCCUCUGACGAAAUGGAUGCGUGUAUCGCCGCAGGGUCGCAUCCACACCUCAUCGAUCCUCUAGCAAGCGUCCUCAAUCAUCCAGGUGGCAGGAGAGGACUGGUGCUUGAGCUUGUUCCGCCGACUUAUACCAAUCUAGGCCUUCCGCCGUCCAUGACAUCGUGCACGAGGGACAACUUCAGCCGUCGAUUGUCCAAGGCAGAUGCACUUUCUAUUCUGCGCGGUAUCGCUGCCGCCGCUGUACAUCUACACAGGCGAGGCAUCGCUCACGGUGAUUUAUACGCACACAACAUCUUGGUUGAUGAUCAUGGACAUGCCUUUUUUGGAGACUUUGGUGCAGCCACUUUGUACGGCGAUUGGCCGAUGGAGAAGCUGGAGGUAAAGGCAUUUGGGUGGCUUGUGGACGACCUCAUGUCCAUCAGUGAACUUGAGUUGAGCACAUUGAGAGACGCCUGUACGACUUCGGUCGUUUCUUUGAGGCCGACCUUUGUAGAGAUAGAGUCGCAGCUUGGGCCAUAG